AUGUGUGUGGAAAAGUCUGCAGGUCGCACACACGUCUGUCGCCUGAUUUAUAUUCGUGCUUUGCAGACGGCAAGGCCUGUGCUUCUGACUGCGAUAACUUCAAACAAAACAUCUAACAAGCAAUCGAGUAGCAGUUACACCGAAAAGCGAUUAAAAAGAGAGAAAGAGGCUCAUCCCAAAUUCGGCAUCCCGAGGACUGCGGUUGGCCUCGGCGCCGACGCCGGAACUUGGUCCCAUCUGGCGGCCACGCCGGCGCCCCCGCACCCGCUCGGCCGCCCACCGCCCGCUCCCGCCGCCCAGCCCGGCGGCCGCCAUCCUGCACGGUGCCGGGUCCGAGUCCCGCCGCCGCCUCGUGAGGUGCGGGGGAGGGGCGCGCGAGGCGCCCGGGGCCGCCGCCUCAGCCCGACCCGCCGGGAGAACAAAGCGGCGGCGGCGCUAACUUUUUCGGUGUCUGUUCCGCGCUGCCUGAGGCGACUACUUACAGAGGCGGGCUCGGCCAGUCGAGAGAAACUCCGCGCCCGCCAGUGCCUGGGUCCCGGACAAGGCGCCAGCGAGGCUCCACUCGCCUUGCAGGAUCCCGCCCGCCGGCCGCCGGAGCCCUUUCCUCCCUCCCUCCCGGUCCCGUCCUGCGGCCGGAGGGCGGGGGGCCAGGGCGCGCGGGGCGGGGGCGCGCGGCCGGCGCGGGGCCUGCCGGGAGCUGUAGUCCCCAAGCGGGCUCAGGCCCCGGUGGUAUGCGCGUGGAGAUGUCAGUCACUUUCUUUACACUGCCAAGGGGCGACGCGAGCUCUGCGCCCUCCGAGGUCUGGUGUCUCCGUGAGUGCUGGGGGAGUGGGGCGCUCGCGCAGCGGGGUCGCUGCCGAAGACGCGAAUGCCUGUUUCUGCCAGUUGCACACUGUACUAGAUAUCCGUUAUUGCUACUGAAAUGCCUUUUUCUCUUUUGUCACCCGCUCUGAUGGAGUUGAUGGUGGCAAGAGGGCAGGGGAUGAAAACUUGAACGAGAGACUUGCAAGGUGUCCGUCCAGAGCAGAGAGCACUUUCCACAAUGACACAUCUUCUCACUCUUCCCAUUUCCCUCUCUCCUGCCUGCUGGCAAAGCAGCCCCCGGCAUUCUGCCCCAAGGCAGAUACAUCCAGAGCCCUUCACCUAGAGCACGGUAGACUGCAAUGGCUGCUUUCAGUGUGUUUUACGUUUCCUAUUUCUCCAUCUUUAAAAAUGUGUAGCCCAGCCCCAAAUAUCCUCUCUCAUCAAGAUUCCCAGGACCUCAUUGGAGCAGUUUACAGUCAGUCUGAUCUUACUUUUGACUUCCAUUUUCUCUUGUGGUCCUUAAAGAGACAGAAGUUCCUUGUCCUAGAAGUAACUUUUCUAAACAACUCAAGCUGCUGUUGUACAGAUUUAAAGAGACACCACAACCUUCCCCAAAGCUGGACUGGAGGGUGGUCUCAUCUCAGAAGGCCCUCAGGGAUCCUACCGUGGCCAAUCCAGGAAAAGCCAAAUGACUCUGGCUCCUGUCAGCUCAAGCUGCUGUGGAACAGAGAAACUGGUGUCCUUCUUGGAGCACUUCCUUCAUCUCCUUGAAC